AUGUCUGCUGCACAACCCGCAACCAGCAGCUCCAACGAGGAUGCCCUCGACAAGGCAGUCGACCAGGGCCUCAACAAGGCUGGGCAUGGCCAGAACCGCAACACCGUAGAGAAGAUCUCUGACGGUAUCCGAUCCGGCUUCAAGAAGCUGACCGGAAAGGAUGUUCCCGGUGGCGACAAGAACCCCUCUUGA